GCAAAAAAACAACAGUGCCUCAAUCUUUUCUCACAUUUCUUACAUUUUUUAUUUUCCUUCACUUUUCCUUCUCCAACCAAACAACACCCAAAUGAAACCGACACCAAUCUUCAUGAUUCACAAACUCACUUAGCCAGUGAAUGCAAUUGUUGUAAUUCCCUCACAUCCUUGAAGUUGAACCAUUUCAAAUUUAAACAAGCCACUCAAAAAGAACUACCCAGACAACCAUGUAAAACAAAGGCAAGGAACCUUAACUUUUCACGAAUCUGGAGGUGGGUGUAGCUAUAAAAAAAAAAAAGUUUUUUUUGUUUCUUUCAUCUGGGUUUUGUCGAAGGUUGUUGAAGUCCAAUAAUGGAGGGUGACAAGUACUAUGAAGAACUGGGUGUGGCGGUUAGAGUGGUCCACUUGGCGUGCUCUCUGUGUCAGAGAGUGCAAGAAGGGUUGGUUUCUAUGAGCAGUGACCAGGUUAAAUCCAAGGACGAUGAUUCUCCUGUUACUGUUGCAGAUUGGGGUGUCCAAGCAACUGUAAGCUGGAUACUGUCAGAAAUCUUUGGGGGUCAGAAUGUCUCCAUUGUUGCUGAAGAAGAUGUCCAAACUCUUUCUAAGGUUGACUCGGCAGGUUUGUUGGAAACAGUGGUGAACACUGUUAAUGAAUGCUUAGCUGAAGCACCCAAUUAUGGUCUUCCAAGACCAGACAACGUCCUUGGAACUUCACAAAUUCUAGAGACCAUCAGCCGGUGCAACUCAACUGGGGGCCCCACAGGAAGACAUUGGAUACUUGACCCCGUUGAUGGCACAUUAGGGUUUGUACGGAAGGAUCAAUAUGCCAUAGCUUUAGCCUUGAUGGAGGAUGGAGAACUUAUUCUCGGCGUACUUGGAUGCCCAAAUUAUCCAAUGAAGAAAGAAUGGUUAAAUUAUCAUCACGAAUACUAUCAAUCUAUGUCCCAGAUGUCUCCACCUGCUUCUGAUUCAAGGGAAAAGGGAUGUGUGAUGUAUGCAAGGAAAGGCACUGGUGAGGCAUGGAUGCAACCAUUAGUCCAUCAACAGAACAAGCUCGAAUGGCCAAACUCUGCUAGACUGAUUUGCGUGUCUUCCAUUGAUGAUCCAGCAUUGGCGACGUUUUGUGAGUCUGUGCAGAAGGCGAAUUCAAACCAUUCCUUCACAGCAGGAGUUGCUCACAGUGCAGGGCUUAGAAAGCAGCCCUUGCGUGUCUACAGCAUGGUGAAAUAUGCAGCCAUAGCUCGGGGAGAUGCUGAGAUAUUUAUGAAGUUUGCAAGAUCGGGAUACAAAGAGAAGAUAUGGGAUCAUGCCGCUGGUGUUGUCAUCAUAGAAGAGGCCGGUGGUGUGGUUACCGAUGCUGGAGGACGUCCGUUGGACUUUUCAAAGGGAGUGUACUUAGAAGGUCUUGAUCGGGGAAUAAUUGCUUGCUCUGGGGCCACAUUGCAUGAGAAAAUCAUUGGGGCUGUUUAUGCUAGUUGGGAUUCCUCUAAUUUAUGAGACUUUCUACAUCAUGCCAGUACACCGCUGAGACUGUUUAGUACUUUUGCAGGGGCAACCAACUUGCAAGAAGGGCUGCAGAUGUAGGUCACCUGCAUGUAUUCAAGUUUGACAAUGAUCCAUACCGUUUCUCUUUGUGUAGCUAAUUUGAUGUGUUACUUCAUGGAAAUGAGCUCUAACUGAAAUGACACUCCUCCCUUUGUAAAGGCAACGUGGAGGAUGAGGUUAUGGGUUCAAGAUUCACCGAGUUUGUGUAAUUACUAAUUUAAAAAAGAGAAAAGAAAUGAGCUAUGACUAAGUUCAAGUUUAUAGAAAGAAGUAUUUUGGCCCUUGAUCUAAUUACUGAGUUGCCCCAACAGUAACAUCUCAGUUGCAAUUACUUUGCCAUUUUGGAGAAAAACUUGUCUUUAUAAUGUACUGAUUCAAUCUUAUCAAUGGAAAGCUGCUCCUAUUUGGUGGCGUUGCA